AUGUCUCUCGAUAUUUAUAAGAGAAUAAAAACGGAGAAUAGCUAUUCUCCCCUGUUUUCGCCCAUUUCGACCCAUAGUUCUCAUAAUGUUCAACCACCUAGUUUAUCACUCUUUAAUCCAAAGAGAACCAUGAGUUCAAGUUAUCUGAAUACAAGUCCAGCAGCUGGUAUUUAUGUACUUCCUCAGAGGGCCAUUUCACUGGAUGCACAUCGUCUGCAACAGACAAAGCUUGGAGAGGAUGGCGGAAGAGGGCAAUUUCUCAAAGAUAUUACCAAUACUUUAGUUGACACUGGUAAAUUCUUUUGGCACAAGCUAUUGAGGAAUGGAGAGUAUCAGAACGACCAUGAGGUCCAGACAGAUAAGAAGAUUACAACUCCUGGAAAUACCAAUAAGAGGAAGAUGGGAGAUUUAUCGGAUUAUUACCUCAUACCAAGAAAACACAGAAAGAUAUCUAGAGGAAAUGAAGCUAUUCCAGCAAUUGAAAAAUCAAGAUUUACUAGUGAAGGUAGUGAUGGCAGUCUUCAUCGUGCUUAUGAUACUUUGAGUUUUUCCAAGGAUCCCUUUAACUGGAAUGAUUGGAAGACAGAUGUGAUAAAGCCAAAAGACAACGAAAACUCAAAUGUCUCAAACUUCUAUCCCAGAUAUGGUACUUCAUUCGCUAGAAGGAGCAAAUUAGCAAGGCAAUCCACCAACAAAAAACAGCCUUUGGGGACCCAAUGGGAUGAGUUAGGGUAUUUGAGAACGGUUUUUAAUGGUGAGUACACAGUUCCUAAGAUGAUUCAAGAUGAAAGGGAAAACCAGCUGAAGAUGUUACAAAAGGAUAAGAACAAUACUAUUAAAGUGCGAAAGUACAUUGUCGAUCUUACAGAGAGGAUUAAGAAUAUCAUUUUAGAGAAAUCCAAUGAAGAGAAAGAGAAUAAAGAUGACGACCUGGUAAUUCUGAAAGAACAAAGAGUCAGCACAUUGGAAAAGAAACGUAAGGAGCACCAAUCUAGGUGCCAAAGAUUUGAUCAAUCCAAGGUGGAUUUCGAAGGUGAAUUUAAGAUGUAUAGGCAGUUACUGGAUGAGAGGAAACACAUACAAGAGGAAGUCAGAAAGAAGAAAGAGAGUUCUAAGAAAAAGAAACUGGUACCCUCAAUUGGUCAGCAGGAUAUUAAUCAAGUGGAGAAGAAUCUACGCAGACAAGAUAACGCGGUUUUAACGAAUAAAGAUAAUAUAGAAGUAACAACAAGAGAUUUUAGAACUCUGGCUCCUCGUAGGUGGCUUAACGAUACAGUGAUAGAAUUUUUCAUGCAUUUCAUUGAAAGAGAAACUCCCAGAUCCGUUGCUUUCAAUUCUUAUUUCUACACAAAUCUUUCAGAGCGCGGUUAUCAGGGUGUUAGACGUUGGAUGAGAAGAAAGAAGGUUCAAAUUGGAGAUUUAGAGAAAAUAUUUGUACCCGUGAAUUUGAAUGAAUCUCAUUGGGCUCUUGGGAUGAUUGAUAUACCGUCCAAAUCUAUUUACUACGUUGAUUCUCUUUCAAAUGGACCAAAUGCAUUAAGCUUUGCCAUUUUAAACGAUUUGCAGAAUUACGUUAUAGAAGAGAGUAAGAAUACUAUGGGUUCAGAUUUUAUGUUGAAGAAUUUGAGUUGUCCACAACAGCCAAAUGGUUUUGACUGUGGGAUAUAUUUGUGCUUAAACACACUUUAUUUGAGUCAUGAAUCCCCCUUGACAUUUGAUCAUAACGACGCCGUGAGGAUGAGACAAUAUAUAGCACAUUUAAUAUUAUUGCAGGGAUCUAAAUAA